AUGACCUACGACCAGUAUCAUCAAGGUCCCAAUCCCUAUCAGAUGGGCAACAUGAACGCCGAUCCUGACUCUCAUGGCUACUCACCCACGCCUCCGUACCCAUUCCAUCAUGAGCCCGAUCGGAUCGAUAUGCCGCAACCUCAGAUGCCGGCCACCUCGGUAGCCCCAAAUAUGGAGCCGUAUUCUCAAUCCCCAUAUGCGCAAAGCACCGAGAACCUCAACGACGCCGUCAGCUCUGCCGUCCACAACAAUGUCUCUUCACCUUCCUAUCUAUCCCCCGAUGUCUUAUCGCAGAUUACAGCGACCGUCAUCCAACAGCUGAAAGCAUCUGGUCUGGAUAACAUACAAGGUCGCAACAGCCCCCAUUCUCAGCAACGGAAUAUCCGCCUCGACCGCAUUCAGAAUCCCCCCCCGAGCGCGCAGAGAAGCGGAUCGCUGCCAACUCCCAACCCCAUGUCGAACAGCUAUGACCCAUCAACAUUCCCCGCUCACUCGGGCUAUUCAGGUGACUCCCGACCAAACCCUAAGCCGACUCCAGAUCCGCUUCCUCGCAGACGUGACUCCAUCUCCAGUCACGGUAGUCAGAAAGCGGAUGUCACCCGUUCCCAGCCUCCAUCGCGCGAUGCGACGGCUAUGGAAAUGACCACACUCGAGAAAAUUUGGGGGAAGUUGUUUGAGAAUGGAAAGCCGACAAAAAGGCUUGGCCAAUUCUUGCGCGGAGUUGCAAUGCACUUGAUUGAGGAUUAUCCUCCCGGCAACACUCUUGUGAUUGUCCCGGACAAGUUGCAGAAGUUUUAUGCGGAUACGGAUGUGUCGUGGGACCCUUAUCCAUGGCAAGACAUUUUCGAUGACCGCACAUCCUCGAUUUCUAGGCUCUUCCGUGAUGUCAAGGCGCAGCACCACCUCGUUCAAACCGAAGAUCUCAAGGAACGUCCAGAUAUUCCAGGCUUGACUCCCCAGGGAUUUGAGCUUUGGGCCACUUUGAUGAUCCAGGCGCACCCGGAACGCGAAUAUGAGCGCUUGCAAAAGGCAGUGCUCAAUAUGCCCAUCAGCAACCCCGACGACAAGAAAGAGCGUUUCCCGAAGGAGAUUCCGCGUCGGCUCUUCCCUGAGUUCGCAGAUAUCAGCCUGAGAGAGGAGAUCGAGGAGUAUAUUAUGAAACACUGCGGUGUCGAUCUCCCCCCAAUUACCGAGGAAGAGCGUUCGCAGGCUGAGCGCUCGAGGAAACUUUCGCCCUCCUCCGUCCCCUCGUCCAGCGAACGAGCCCGAUCAUAUGAGCGUGGACGACCACCGCCCUCGGCCUCGUCCUCGUCAGUGGUGAUCGAUGACGAAGACGAACCAAUCCCUCCAGCUCCCAUUGAACGCGAAAGAAAACCCUAUUCCGCUCAGCCAGGGGGCGGUAAGAAAUAUGACGAGCCAAGCCAUAAAACAGAAUCGGGCCAUACUCGCAGCCGAACGGACUCUAUCACAAGCCGGCCACCCGAUAUCCCAAGAACGUCAGACAAGUUCGACUCCAUGUACUCUUCUCGUUCUGGAUCUGGCCCGGCUCCUGCUCGUCGGUUCUCCAGGGGCUCGCGCAGCUCGUCCCGGGGCAUGGGUCACGAGUAUCGACACUCGGAAAGUGAUUUGUUGGAUCGUGACCGUGCUCCCAAUACAACGGGGUGUCUGCUCAAGACUUGUACAUGGAGCCGACUUCGAUGCUACCCGAGGAAGAUAGUCGGAGGUACAGAGAUACCAAAUCACACCGGAGCAGCCGGGCCGCCCCUGAGGACGAGUACUACCGCGGCAUGUUGGGUGGACAAGGUGGUGGCCCGAAGUAUUAUCACUGAUUGA